AUGGCUUAUGUACAACGUUUCAUUGCAAAUUGCAAAACUAAAAUUAAAACAAAGGGCACUUUAUCAUUGUCUGAAAAACAAUCCGCAUACGAUUCUUUAAUAAAACUGUCGCAAAAGGAAUCAUUCGACGAAUAUGAUAUUUUAGCUAAAGGUAAACCGUUACCUACAAAAAACAAACUGUUGUCGUUAAGCCCGUUUAUUGACGAAAAGGGUCUAAUUAGAGUAGGUGGUAGAAUUAAAAACGGUAAUUUUACAUUCGAAAAGAAACAUCCAAUCUUACUCGUGUCUAAACAUAUUUUAACUAAACUAAUAUUUCGUUUCGAACAUAUACGCUUAAUGCACACAGGACCUCAACAUUUGCUAGCUUCAAUUCACGAGGAGUUUUGGCCUAUCGGGGGCCGUAAUUUAGCUCGUUCUAUUGUACACAAUUGCCAGCGUUGCUUUUGUCUCAACGCACAGACAGCCCGUCCGAUGAUGGGAAAUUUACCUGAGCAGCGCCUUCAGCCUGGCUAUCCAUUCCAGCCUACAGGAAUGGAUUACGCGGGUCCUAUAUUAGCACUUAAUAAGAGAGGUCGCGGUAGCAAGACAGAAAAGGUAUACAUCGUCAUAUUUAUCUGUUUCACCACCAAAUGCAUACAUCUCGAACUCGUUAGUUCGCUAUGUAAAGAUUCCUUCCUAGCCACGUUGCGUCGCUUCAUUGCUAGACGAUCUAAACCUGCUACCUUAUUCUCCGAUAAUGGAACUCAGUUCGUGGGAGCACGAAAUGAGCUUUAUAAGUUCCUCAACGAUAAUGCAAGUUCUAUAAUUGAUGAAAUGUCUAAUGAGCGUAUAGACUUCAAAUUCAUACCUGCAUAUGCACCACACAUGGCCGGUCUGUGGGAAGCCAAUAUAAAAUGCAUAAAAGCCCAUUUACAUCGCGUGUUAGGGAACGCACACUUAGUAUUUGAAGACCUCUAUACAAUUUUAGUUCAAAUUGAGGCCUUACUAAACUCACGUCCCUUAACCCCACUCUCGACUGACCCACGUGACAUGAGACCUUUGACCCCGGGGCACUUUUUGGUAGGACGACCGAUGACUGCUUUGCCCUCGCCUCCGCUUGUCGACGUUAACCAGAACCGUCUCACUCGUUUUGAAAGGCUGGAGCAGUUACGCCAACACUUUUGGGCCAGGUGGCACAAGGAGUACCUUACUGAACUUCAACAACGCACCAAGUGGCGCACGUCUAAGGGUCAACAACUAAAAAAGGGAGCAUUAGUCCUCAUUAAAGAAGAAGGACUCCCGCCGAUGAAGUGGCGACUGGGCCGCAUCACAGAGAUAUAUCCAGGGAGCGACGGAAUCGCCAGGGUCGCGGAUAUCAACACUGCAAGAGGAGUGAUACGCCGUGGCUUCAACCGCAUCUGCCCGUUGCCUACCACUGACAUCGACGAGUUGAAAGUUAACCCUUUCAACGCCGGGGGGCAUGUUCGGGAUUCUUCGGAUGUCCUCCCCACCUCUAAGAGGACAACGGCCAACGCUGCAAGACCAGAUUGCAUACGACAUUGA